AUGAGAGGCGCAGGAAUCACUUUGAUCUGCGCAAUAACACUUGUCCAUGGGAAUGUAGUGAAGAUAAACAAAAAUGGAUGCCCUUUGGACCACACCGAAGAUAAGUUACUAGAGCAUAACAACUGCAAUAAAUUCUAUCAAUGCGUCAGAGGAGAGUUAGUGGAGCACACCUGCCCUAAUGAUUUACUCUUCAACAUAAACACUGACCAGUGUGAUUGGCCACAAAACGUUGUAUGUGGCCAUAGAGUAAUACCAGAUGAAGACAAAAACAACGAAAAUGAAGGCGACGAAAAUAACAGUAAUUGCAAAUGCAGUCCAAGCGAAGCACCAAAUAUAUGCUCAGCUAAAGAUUCUAAUGGAUUACUUGUAGCGCAUGAAAAUUGUAACCAAUUUUACAAAUGUUUUAAUGGUGUUCCUGUUGCACAGAAUUGUCCUCAUGGAUUACUGUACAAUCCAUACAGAGAACAAUGCGAUUGGCCGAAAAAUGUAAAUUGCGGUGAUAGGCUAAUCCCAGAGAGCAACGGAACAGGUGAUGAGGAUGAUAAAAACGAAGACGGUUGUGCUGAAGACGGCAGUGGAGAUGGUGCUGGAGGAGGUGGGAACGAUGGCAACUGCAACUGUAGCCCAGGAGAAGCACCUUCUAUCUGUGGCAGACCAGGAUCGAAUGGAGUUUUAAUAGCCCAUGAGAAUUGUAAUCAGUUUUACAAGUGUUACAACGGAGCACCAGUAGGAAUGAGCUGCCCUGGCAAUCUUCUUUUCAAUCCCCACUCAGAACAAUGCGAUUGGCCUAACGCAGUCGACUGUGGCGACAGAGUAAUUCCAGAAGAUUGUGAGUCUGGAGGAGGUGGCAGUGGAGACGGCAACGGUAAUGGCAAUGGUGAUGAAGGCGCCGGUGGUGGAGGUGGAGAAGGAGGUGAAAACAAUGGAAACUGUAAUUGUACUCCAGGAGAAGCACCUUCUAUCUGCGGCGGAGCAGGAUCGAACGGCGUAUUAGUAGCUCAUGAAAAUUGCAAUCAAUUUUACAAGUGUUUCAACGGAGCACCAGUUGCCAUGAGCUGUCCCGGAACUCUGCUUUACAACCCCUAUUUAGAACGAUGUGAGUGGCCAGAAACAGUCACCUGUGGUGAUAGAGUAAUCCCGGAAGACUGCGAUACUGAAGGAGGCGGAAAUGGAAACGGCAAUGGCAAUGAUAAUGGCAACGGAAAUGGUGACGGAGGCGCCGGUGGUGGAGGUGGAGGUGGAGACGGAGAUGUAAACGGUGGUAAUUGUAACUGCAUUCCCGGAGAAGCACCUUCUAUCUGCAGUGGAGCAGGAUCGAAUGGCGUGUUAGUAGCUCAUGAAAAUUGCAAUCAGUUUUACAAGUGUUUCAACGGAGCACCAGUUGCCAUGAGCUGUCCCGGUACUCUGCUUUACAACCCCUAUCUGGAACGAUGUGAGUGGCCAGAAACAGUCACCUGUGGUGAUAGAGUAAUCCCGGAAGACUGCGAUACUGAAGGAGGUGGAAAUGGAAACGACAACGGCAAUGGAAAUGAUAAUGGUAAUGGCAAUGGCGACGGAGGCGCCGGUGGUGGAGGGGGAGGUGGUAACAACGGCACUUGCAAUUGCAACCCUGGUGAGGCACCGUCUAUCUGCAGCGGAGCAGGAUCGAAUGGCCUAUUAGUAGCUCAUGAAAAUUGCAAUCAGUUUUACAAAUGUUACAACGGAGCACCAGUUGCCAUGAGCUGUCCCGGUACUCUGCUAUACAACCCCUAUCUGGAACGAUGUGAGUGGCCAGAAACAGUCAAAUGCGGAGACAGAGUAAUCCCGGAAGACUGUGAUACUGAAGGAGGUGGAAAUGGAAACGACAACGGCAAUGGCAAUGAUAACGGCAAUGGAAAUGGUGACGGAGGCGCCGGUGGUGGAGGUGGAGGUGGAGGCGGAGGUGGAAACGGUGGUAAUUGUAACUGCAUUCCCGGAGAAGCACCUUCUAUCUGCGGCGGAGCAGGAUCGAACGGCGUAUUAGUAGCUCAUGAAAAUUGCAAUCAGUUUUACAAAUGUUACAACGGAGCACCAGUAGCCAUGAGUUGCCCCGGUACUUUGCUUUACAAUCCGUAUUUAGAACGUUGUGAGUGGCCAGAAACAGUCAAAUGCGGAGACAGAGUAAUCCCGGAAGACUGUGAUACUGAAGAAGGUGGUAACGGUGGUGCUCCUGAAACCGGAGGUGGUGGAAGUAAUAGCACUUGCAAUUGCAAUCCCGGAGAAGCUUCUUCUAUUUGCGCUAAAGAUAAUUCUAACGGUAUAUUGGUUGCUCACGAAAUAUGCAAUCAAUUCUAUAAAUGUUUUAACGGCCUUCCUACGACACAAUCUUGUCCAUCUAACCUUUUGUAUAACCCUCAAUCUGAACAAUGUGAUUGGCCAAAUAAUGUUGCUUGCGGCGAUAGAUACAACCCUAUUGAGGACAACGACAACAAUAAUGAUGGUGAAAAUAUUCCAAUUGAAGUUAUUGAAAUUUGUGCUUCAGAUUCAUCUGAUUCAGUCUACAUUGCACACCAAAGGUGCCAUCAAUUUUAUGUUUGUAUACAAAAGAAACCCGUAGUUCUAACUUGUCCUGCAAAUCUACUUUAUGACCCUACAACAAACCAAUGCGAUUGGUCACAUAAUGUUGAUUGUGGAAAUCGCAUCCAUUAA